CCUCUUAUUUGACAAUAUAAGCCUCUAUAAAGUUUGCCUUCAGUACAGAGCAGAGCGAAAAUGGAUUUAAGAGAAAACCAAAUAGUAAAAAAGCAGCAGUAUCCAGUUAUGUACCAGAACGUCAUCGUAAUGAGGCACAGUGAACGCAUAGAUAACAUUGAGCCCUUGUGGUUAUCCACCGCCACACGACCGUGGGAUCCGCCACUGUCUCCGUCGGGUCGGGUUCUAGCAUUCCAAACGGGUCAAGGUAUCCGAAAGAGCCUCGGAUUCCCAAUUCAACGACUCUUUGUUUCUCCUUUUCUACGUUGCGUCCAAACUGCUGCAGAAAUUGUUAUCGCUCUCUUUGAUGUUAACGAUGCUGGUGGAAGUGGAAGCGUUAAGGUCUCAAUUGAGAAUGGAAUAUGUCAAAUGCUAAAUAGAAUAAAUAUCCGCCGCAGCAUUGCUCCUAAAGAUGGAAACUUUAGUUUUGAUAUUUCACAGCUUGAAGACAUGUUUCCAAAUGGGAGUGUGGAUAAUAAUACAGAAAUGGUAUAUAAACAGUUACCUAAAUGGGAAGAAUCGGUUACGCUAGCAAAAGUGAGAUAUCAACAAACAAUUACAAACCUUGCAGAUAAAUAUCCUACUGAAAACUUGUUGCUUGUUACACACGGGGAAGGAACUCAAGUGGCUCUUUCUUCAUUCACAAGAGAUAUUGUGGAACAUAAAGUUAAAUAUUGUGGAUAUGUACAACUUAGACGUCCUAUCUUCAAAAACAAUCAUUCCUUUAUUGGUGGAAAGCUCAAUUUACAAACUCAUAUUGGUCAAAAUGGGGUAACCUAUAUUUCUUCACAAGACCUUUGAGUAAAGAUAUCAACUAAACUUCAAAACUCUUCAAGAUGAUGGACUAGAAAUGCUGUUGAGGUAGUUUUUAUAUUUCAAUUUGUUGGUUCCAUCCUGUUGAUUAGGUGGUUGUUUGUUGGUUCCAUCCUGUUGAUUAGGUGGUUGUUGUGGUUUGUUACAAACACAAGUUAAAUAUUAUCUUUUAAAUUUGGUAUUGUACUAGUUUGGAAAAAAAGUAAACCCUAACUAAAAUAAGU